AUUGCAUUGUCCUUUGAUUUGUUGCAAAUCUAAUCUGGCUCUAAAUUUAAAUGAAUUUUGUUUAUGCAUCAUUCUUAGUUAUAGUUAAAUAUAGAGCCAUAGGCUAAAAGUGUGCCGUGUCGGUGACUCUCACUCUCAGUUUCUCUCUCUCUGUAAACUUGUUCCAGUCGAGCGGUUGGUGGGUGGGUUUCUUUCUCUAAAACAAAAACAAACAAAAGCAAAAACAGGUCAUUGCAGAUCUAUCCGAAAGGUAAGAGAGAGAGAGAGAGAAUGAAGGUGAUAGAGAAGAUCCAGGAGGCGUUGUUGGAGGAGAAGAAGGUUUUGUUCUCGUUCGAGUUCUUCCCGCCAAAGACGGAGGAUGGGGUGGAGAACCUGUUGGAGAGGAUGGAGAGGAUGGUGGCCCACAACCCGGCGUUCUGCGACAUAACGUGGGGUGCGGGUGGGUCGACGGCGGAUCUGACGCUGGACAUUGCGAACAAGAUGCAGAACAUCAUCUGCGUGGAGAGCAUGAUGCACCUCACCUGCACCAACAUGCCUGUCGACAAGAUCGACCACGCCCUCCAAACCAUCAAGUCUAACGGCCUCCAAAACGUUCUUGCUCUCCGGGGCGACCCGCCCCAUGGCCAGGACAAGUUUGUUCAGAUCCAAGGAGGCUUUGCCUGCGCCCUCGACCUGGUCACCCAUAUCAGAGCCAAAUAUGGUGACUACUUUGGCGUCACUGUUGCUGGCUAUCCAGAGGCACACCCGGACGCCAUUGGAACGGAUGGCCUCGCCUCUCCCGAAGCCUAUCAAAGUGAUCUGGCUUAUUUGAAGAGAAAGGUUGAUGCUGGUGCCGAUUUGAUUAUCACUCAGUUAUUCUACGACACUGAUGUUUUCCUCAAAUUCGUCCACGACUGUCGCCAAAUUGGAAUUACUUGUCCUAUUGUUCCUGGAAUUAUGCCCAUUAAUAACUACAAGGGAUUCAUACGCAUGACUGGUUUCUGUAAAACCAAGAUACCAGCUGAGGUUACUGCUGCCUUGGAGCCUAUCAAGGAUAAUGAAGAAGCUGUCAAAUCUUAUGGAAUUCACCUUGGAACCGAGAUGUGCAAGAAGAUUUUGGCUCAUGGGAUUAGGACGUUGCAUCUUUAUACACUGAACAUGGAGAAAUCAGCGUUGGCUAUAUUAAUGAAUCUUGGUUUGAUUGAAGAGACCAAAAUAUCAAGGCCUUUACCUUGGAGACGUCCUGCAAAUGUUUUCCGUGUUAAAGAAGAUGUUCGUCCAAUAUUCUGGGCUAAUCGUCCCAAGAGCUACAUAUCAAGGACCAUAGGCUGGGACCUUUAUCCACAUGGGCGAUGGGGUGAUUCUCGUAACCCUUCAUAUGGAGCACUAACUGAUUAUCAGUUCAUGCGGCCACGUGCACGCGACAAGAAACUUGUUGAAGAAUGGGUUGUCCCAUUGAGAAGCGUUGAAGAUAUCCAUGAGAAAUUUAAGAAAUUCUGCCUUGGAAAAUUGAGAAGCAGCCCUUGGUCCGAACUAGAUGGGCUUCAGCCAGAGACGAAGAUCAUAAACGAACUUCUAGGUAAAAUUAACACGAAAGGUUUCCUUACCAUCAACAGCCAACCAGCGGUAAAUGGGGAAAGAUCUGAUUCCACGUCUGUUGGCUGGGGCGGGCCUGGAGGAUAUGUUUAUCAGAAAGCCUAUCUAGAGUUUUUCUGUUCGAAGGAGAAGUUGAAUGCUCUUGUUGAGAAAUGCAAGGCUCUUCCAUCUCUAACCUACAUGGCCGUGAACAAGGAUGGGAGAUGGAUAUCUAAUAUUGGUCAGACUGAUGUGAAUGCUGUGACAUGGGGAGUCUUUCCCGCAAGGGAGAUAAUCCAACCAACUGUUGUGGAUCCUGCUAGUUUUAUGGUUUGGAAGGAUGAGGCAUUUGAAAUCUGGUCAAGAGGAUGGGCCUGCUUAUACCCUGAGGGUGACUCAUCUAGGAAAUUGCUUGAAGAGGUCCAGAACAGCUACUUCUUGGCCAGUUUGGUAGAUAAUGACUAUAUCCAGGGUGAUGUUUUUGCUGUCUUUGCUGAUUUCUGAAUGAAGCUAUUUUGUCAACUCUUCCAUUUCUUAAAGCCUCAUAAGCCAUUAAACUGGUGCUUUCAUUGUAAGUCGGGUUAUAAAUUUAUUGUCACUGGGAUGUGUAAUAAUACUCAUUGGGAUUUUGAUAUCACCCCCCAUGUGCAAAUCGCAUCUGCGUUCGUGAUUGAUUACCGGUCUGUAUCAGAGUUCAUCAAUGUCUGGCUUAAUUGAUACGAUCAUCUUGUGUGUUUGCUUCCAGUAUGUGCUUUGUGGCAAUGGAAUCCGCAUUUUAAUGACAUAUAAAUUAAUAGGUGGUGUUUUCUCUUUA